AUGGACAACUUUCUCAAUAGCAAAUGUUACGAUUCGGUCUCAUUUAAAGAUCUUGGUAUUGAACUCACUGCUUCGAUGCGGGACCCCUUCUCUGACAUGAAUCCAUGGCAAGUUGAAGGAAGUCGGGAUGGCAUGGUGUUUAAAUUCACUAUUUAUCACAAGGAUAUAAAACCUGACAAUCUUCUUCUGGACAAAAAUGGUCACAUGAAACUUUCUGAUUUUGGUCUCUGUAAGCCGCUGGAUUCUUUAACCCUAUCAGCACUACAUGAAAAUAAAGCCAUGGAUGAUGAAAGUUUGGCAGAACCAAUGGAUAGUGAUGAUAAUAGGAGCAGUUGGAAGAGUCCCAGUGAACAGGUGCACCAUUGGCAAAUGAGCCGGAGGAAAUUGGUAUGGUGGUCCGUUGGUGCAAUUAUGUAUGAAAUGCUUGAAGGUUACCCUCCAUUUUACUCCGAUGGUCCAAUCAGCACCUGCAGAAAGUUUCCAGAAGAUGCUAAGUUGACAGUUGAAGCAAAGGAUUUCAUUUGUAGGUUGUACUGGAGGAGCAUACCAAAUCAGAAUAAGUGUAUCCACUUGUUAGAACAAUCAAGCAUUUACAGUUGGAUCCACCCAUACCAGGAAAAUGUGGCUCAGGACCGUCAAGGAAGGUUUGUAACAGUUGCAUUUUCUCCUUUUGGCGACAAGUGA